UUUAUCCCAAGCAUUAAGUCGUAUUUCCACUGGUUUGCUGAGUCACCAACGCCGUGUUGUUUGAAAACUGUCCAGAUGGCGCCUCAGUCCCGCCAGUCCAUUUCCAUGAAACAGUUAAAAAAUUUUCGUCGAGAGGGCGUCGGCGCAGCGGGAAAUUCAAACAAAGUGGAGACGAUGCUCCGGUAGAUGGGUCCAAGCGAGACGGAAGCAGUGUAACAGGGAGCAGGAUAACUCUCAGCUCGUCAGCUUGGGGGAGGGCGGCGGAACAGGAGCGCACGCUGUAGUAGUCACGGUAUCCAACCCCCAUGUACAACCCGUGUCCGUCGAAUUUAAAUGGCGGCCGACCCCGACGGUAUCCCGCUUAGUGUUAUUGUAAUUGACAUACUCGAUACGUCACAACUGUGAACGUUUCGUGUUAAAUAAACCAUCGGAUUACUCAACAAUAAUCAGUGCGUGUACAUGUGGAUAUUUAUUAAGUAUAUAAACAACCAGUGUUUAAAUAUAUACCUAUCUACAACACAUAUAUAUAUAUAGGUAUACAUAUAUACAUAUAGUAAAACAGUGAGUGGAUAUAUAAUUUGAUAUAAUAUAUUGUUUAUUGUGUGUCGCGAGCUCAACGACCUGGGCGACGAUCGAAUAAGAUUAAUGUGUGCACACCAUCCUCAUCAUGCUCAAGACUGCUGUUUCUCCCGAUCUAGUGAAUCCUUGAUCCUUGAAUUUAACAAAACUACAAUGUCCCCGUGUGUUCUCUAUCGAAUAAGGAAUUCGAGACAGUGAGCAUGAUGCUGGAGUGUGAAUACACACGAAGCUGGUAGCGCCUUUUAGACAUUGGCCAACUACCAGCAGGGUUCUUUUUCCCUUUCUAUUCCCUCUCCCUCUCUUUAUUCCUUCCCCAUUUGCUCUUUACCCAUUUCAAAGUUCUUUAUAAAAAAAUUCCUUUUUUACCUUUCCUUUUACUACUACUACUACUACUAUUCCUGCAGCACUAGGACCGCCACCAUCACCACCAGCACCAACAGCAGUUCAGCCUCAAGCUCACCAAGCAUCACCAUUACGACCAUUACUACUACUCAUUAUACAUUAUUUUUUGCUCUCCUUCCCAAACUCUUAACCCUGUAUGUUUUAUCCACUUUUACCACGACGAAAUGAGACUCUUUGGACCAAAAGCUUUUGCCAUUUUACUGGUGGUACCGCCGCCGCCACGAUUACGCACACCGACACCACCGCAAACAGGAACCCAGACACAAACAGGCACACUGAGAUCACCACAGAGCUUCAGGUCCAUCGAAUCUCUCCUUUCAUCAGUAUGGCUAUUGACGGUAGUCCUUGUAACAUUAACAAUAACUACAACAAUAGCAUCUGCACAGACUGUCCCUUCGUCGAGCUCAUCCGCAUCCUCAUCUUCCUCGACGGCCUCAGCAUCCUCUCUGUCCCAAGACAACUCGACCCUUCAUAUUGUCGCCCGUUUUCCACCUGAAUCCGGCCAUCGCCCGAUCGACGCCUUCGGCAAAUUGGACCCGAAUUCAACGCGCGAGGGGCCGCUGCGUUUUAAUCAUCUGACGAUUGACCCAAACACCGGAAGACUCUACGCCGGUGCUGUUAAUAGACUGAUGCAGUUUGAUGCAAACCUUAAACUAGAGCAACUUGUAUCCACUGGACCAAGGUUAGAUAAUCCCCAGUGCCAUGCAACCGGAUGUACGUCACGUGAAAUGACAACGUCGUUAAUGGACAACGUAAACAAACUUCUGAUUGGUGAUCUCGAGUCAAAGACUCUAAUAGCGUGUGGGUCUCUGCUCCAGGGCGCUUGUGAGAAGUACAAUAUGUCAAACAUCUCACAGAAGCCAAAUUUUUUACCCCACAGUGUCGCGGCAAAUGACGAGCAUUCAUCAACGUUUGCAUUUAUUGGACCAAAACGUUACAAUGCCUGGGAGCAUACCAGCAACAUUCUAUAUGUCGGUACAACAUUUACAAAUAACGGCGAGUAUCGACACGACGUACCGGCGAUAUCCAGUCGUCAACUGGGUACUCUUGAGUAUGCACAGUACACAUUCCACAAGCAAUCAAUACUUCACAUUGACGUUAAAUAUCGCGAUCACUUUCUUGUUAAAUAUAUUUAUGGUUUCAAUGCCAGUGAUUAUGCAUACUUUGUUCUUGUACAAAAACAAUCAUAUUUACCGGAACAAGAGGAAUUGGGUUACGUAUCACGUUUAGCACGUAGUUGUAUUAAUGAUUCUAAUUACGAUAGUUAUACCGAGGUAACGCUGCAGUGUAAUGUUGAUAUGGGCAAUGGCACUGAGCAAGUUUAUAAUUUAGUACAGGAUGCCAAAGUUGCUGCCGCCGGAAGUGAUUUAGCCUCACAGUUGGGUAUCACUACGGGCGAUCCGGUAUUUGUAUCGGUAUUUUCACCAAGCAAAGGCAUUACUAAUGAACCGCUACCACGAUCAGCAUUGUGUGUUUACAGUCUUCAAGACAUCGAGGCUAAGUUCAAUGAAAAUAUUUACAUGUGUUUCAAUGGCAGUAUCAAGUACCGCAAUAUGGGUUACAUAAGCGGGCCAAUACAAGACGGCGAGUGCCCGGAAGCCGGCACCACUGGGAACAUUAUCAAUUUUUGUGAGGUCGGUCUCAAAAUAUCUGGCGUAUCGCCGAUUAUUGGCCAUGCGAUUCUACAGUUUCCCGAUACUUUUGUUACCUCGAUAAAGGUCGCAAACACUGAGAGCCACACGGUCGCAUUUUUGGGGACCAAUGACGGGAUGCUGAAGAAAGUUUUGCUCUCGGGUUCCGAGUCCUCGGUUUAUGAAACUGUUGCUGUCGACAAGGGGCAUAAAAUAUUGUCUGACAUGGUCUUGUCAUCAGACGGUGCUUAUAUUUAUGUACUGUCUUCCGGAAGAAUAACAAAAGUUAAAGUUGAGCACUGCAGUGAUUACACCAGUUGCAGUACGUGUUUGGACGCCAAAGAUCCUUACUGUGGAUGGUGCUCCCUGGAAAAACGUUGCACAGUAAGGAGUACGUGUCAAAAAGCCAAUCGCAGCAGUCCAAGGUGGUUGUCUUUGAGCACAGGCCAGCAGUGUAUUGACUUUGAGCAAGUAUUACCCGACCGUCUGCCUAUUAAGCAAAUGGCAACGGUCCAACUGACCAUCAGAACUCUGCCUGAAUUACCAUCUGGUGCGAAUUACAAAUGUGUCUUCGGCAACUCCGAGCCCAUUGACGCAACGAUGACUGGCUCCGGUCUCUCCUGUCCUGCGCCUCCGAUCCAACGACGUCCGAGUAUACCCGAGGGCACGGAUCACGUACUGGUACCGCUCUCAGUGCGAUCUAGUGAAACCAAUAAAGACUUUGUGUCACGUAAUUUCGCGUACUUUGACUGUUCGAGGCACACUUUGUGCUCAGAGUGUGUUACCUCACCGUGGAGCUGCAGCUGGUGUGUUUAUGACAACAAGUGCACUCACAAUACAAGCGGCUGUCAAGGUAAUAUAAUAUCUGGUGAUAAUGCCAAUGCUGCGACACUGGCAGCUCACGGUGUCCAAUACUGCCCGCGUUUUUCAAAGCGCCAAGAGCCUCUAAUGCUGCCCAACAAUGUGCCCAAAGAAAUAGUCCUGGAAGUUGAAAAUUUACCUCACCCCCAAAUUGGCCACACCGGCUUCCAAUGCAUUGUGUCAAUCGAGGGCGCUAAUUUACGUGUGCAAGCGCGGGUCGACAGCAGCCGUUUUAUUGUCUGCGACAAAACAAUAUAUUCAUACGAAGCCACUACCGGCGAGUACGAGGCAUCAGUUACCGUUGUGUGGAACACAAAUCAUCAUGUUGACCGCACAACAAUUAUUUUAUACAAAUGUGAAGUACUUGGGUCACACCGUGAGCAUGCUGAUUGCUCGCUCUGUAUGACACGUGAUCCGCGAUUUGAUUGCUCGUGGUGCGGCAACAGUUGUAUGAACCGACACUCGUGUCUGCAUGUGCCCUUUUCCGAAUGCCCUAAGCCGCGCAUCGACAUGAUACGGCCACUGAGCGGCCCAAUCGAAGGCGGCACUCUUGUAACCAUCGAAGGCAGCAACUUGGGGUUGAAACGCAGUGACGUUGCCAAUAAAAUUCACAUCGGUAACACCCCUUGCACUCUUGUUGACUACGAAAUAUCAGUGCGCAUUAUCUGCCGUACAGGACAGCGCGAGGCCACCGACAAGGCGACCGUCGUCGUCGGCAACGAUGCCGGUUACACUGAAAGUACGGUAUUAUUUCAAUACAAAGAUAUACAACUGUCCGGUAUUUAUCCGUCCGUUGGUCCUCAAAGCGGUGGCACACAAAUAGCAAUCACCGGCGAGUACCUAAAUAUUGGUAGCACAAUAUCAGCAUAUUUGGAUGAAUUAAAGUGUCACGUCAAUGCAACUCAAGCUAGCAGUACACGUUUGACAUGUGUCACCAGUAAAUCAAAUAGUGUUAGACAAAUUCAAACAUUGACACUCAGUAUCGAUGGUGCUAAUCGUACACUAAAUAAUAACCCAUUUAAUUAUACCCAAGAUCCAACGAUUAUGGAAAUAAAACCUCUACGCAGUUUCGUGUCCGGUGGCCGUAUGAUAACUGUACAUGGAACAAAUUUAGAUACGAUACAAAAACCCGAGAUGGAAGUUUACGCAGACAACGAAUUAAAGCCAGUUAAUAGAACUGUUUGUAUUGUCCUGAAUCCUACUCAAAUGGAGUGCCCGAGUCCCAGUGUCGCAGAUAAAUUUUAUAACCAUCGCGCUAAACGAUUAGUGCGGUCAUUGAUUUAUAAACAGCAGCAGCAGCAACAGCAGCAGCCCCAUUCAUUGAUAGCAUCACGCGGUACUAAAGACACCCAGCUGUCAUUGAAGAUUGCUUUCGUUAUGGACAACGUUGAGAGUGUACGUGAUCUCGAAAAACAUUUUCAAAAUUUACGGCAUCGUUUGCUGUACGUCGAGGACCCGAAAUUUUUUUCAUUUCCUCACAUGGUUAAGUUGUACAAAGGUGACACAUUGGUGAUCGAGGGUGAAAAUUUAAAUUAUGCUAGUGAUGAAACUGAUGUUAAUGUUACUGUGGGCACUGCGGUGUGCAAUGUUACGUCAUUAGCACACACACAAUUAGUGUGCACUCCGCCAGAUCAACAGCCAGCGGGUACUGAUGAAAUGGGUAUUAAAACAAAACGUGGUUUGCCACUGGUUGUUGUACGUGUUGGUAGAAGUCUACGUUUUCCAAUAGGUUAUCUGCAAUACGACGUUAUUAAAUCUUAUCCAAUACCACCAGAGGCUAUUGCCGGUAUUGCUGCUGGUACAUUUGGUUUAGUAUUUUUAUUUGUCCUUGUGCUUGUUGUUUAUAGACGUAAAAGUACACAAGCUGAACGUGAGUAUAAGAGAAUACAGAUUCAAAUGGACACACUUGAAAGUAACAUAAGAAUGGAGUGUAAACAAGCGUUUGCUGAAUUACAAACUGACAUGACUGAUUUGACAGCUGAUCUUGAGUCUUCGGGUAUACCGACACUUGAUCAUAAAAAUUACAUUAUGAAAGUAUUUUUUCCGGGUGUACUGGACCACCCGAUACUGAGUGAUCCGCGAUCACGUAGUGCAUUAUCACGAUCUAAUUAUGACACUGCGAUGAUACAAUUUGAGCAGUUGGUAAAUAACAAGUGUUUCAUACUGACAUUCAUCGAGACACUGGAGGCGCAGAAAGAUUUUAAUAUCCGUGAUAAAGUAAACGUGGCCUCGCUGCUGAUGGUCGUGCUUAUGGGCAAAAUGGAGUACGCGACAGAUGUACUGAUGAACUUGUUGCUGAGACUGAUUGACAAGUCUGUGGACACGAAGCAUCCGCAGCUGAUGCUUCGCCGUACGGAGUCCGUCGUGGAGAAGAUGCUGACCAACUGGAUGGCGCUGUGUAUGUACAAUUAUUUAAAAGAUUACGCAGCGUCCUCGCUCUUUUUGCUCUUCAAAGCCAUCAAGCAUCAGAUCGAGAAGGGGCCCGUGGACGUGGUGACCCACGACGCGAGGUACUCGCUGUCAGAAGAGCGGCUGCUGCGCGAACAAAUCGAUCACAGUGUGGUGACUCUGCACGUGGUGCAAGACGACCUGGACGAGAAGAUUCAGUGCAAAGUUCUCGACUGCGAUACGAUAAGUCAAGUUAAGUCGAAAAUACUUGACGCGUUGUACAAAAACACUCCGUUCUCCCUGAGACCGUCCAUUCACAACGUCGACCUCGAGUGGCGGCACGGCCGAGGCGGUCAUUUGACUCUCCAAGACGAGGAUCUGACGACAAAGUGCAGCGGUGGGUGGAAAAAAAUAAACACCCUCUCGCAUUACGGUGUAAAGGAGUCAGCAGUGAUGUCACUGAUACCCCGACAGACUGAUGCCUUUACAAUGGGCUGCAAAACACCUUAUCACACGUGUAAGCCAUCCUCACACCAUCAGCAGCACACGCAUCAUCAUUCGCUUCAUCGCAUAAAUCACUGCUCGACUGGGCAUCUACCAUCAACACCCAGCCACGGAUUACUCAGUCCUAUAAUGUAUCCCCAUCCACCGGGUAUCUAUUUCGAUGCCCAGCAUUCACCUUCACUGAUAACCGCGAACGGUGACAUAGAGAGCUCGGGUAAUCAGCGACUCUGGCAUCUGAUAAGACCCAUUGACGAAGUACACUGUCCUCCCAGUAAUGGGUUUACUAAUAGCAAACAUCAUCAUCAUCACACAGAGUGCACCCACAAAGCCAUCCCGGAAAUAUUCCUCACGAGGCUGCUGUCAACAAAGGGAACCGUUCAAAAAUUCGUCGACGAUUUUCUCAACACGAUUCUGACGGCCAACGAAGCGCUGCCCAGUGCCGUUAAAUGGCUCUUUGAUUUUCUCGACGAAGCCGCUAAACGUCACGGGAUAACCGACCCCGAGGUCGCACACGCAUGGAAGUCAAACAGUCUGCCACUGAGAUUCUGGGUUAAUUUUAUUAAAAAUCCUGAUUUUAUGUUUGAUAUAAACAAAUCGACAACAGUCGAUUCGAGUUUAUCAGUAAUUGCCCAAAUGUUUAUGGACGCAUGUUCAACGACGGAGCAUCGUCUAGGCAAAGAUUCACCCUCAAAUAAAUUAUUGUUUGCUAAAGAUAUACCGCACUAUCGUGACAAAGUUGGUAGAUUUUAUCACGAUGUACAGAAAUUACCGCCAAUUACUGAACAAGAUAUUUCAAGUGCCAUGCAGCAAUUAAGCGCGUCACACGGCAAUGAAUUUGACGUUAUUGCUGCUCUUAAGGAACUAUACAUCUACGUCCAUAAAUAUUACGAACAAAUUCUCGAGGCCUUGGAGUCUGACGCGGGAUGUCGCAAGUUACAUUUAGCGCAUAGACUUGAAAAUGUUGCGUGCACACUUGAGGGUGAGGAGACCAGUGCCUGCUGACACAACAUCAUUAAAACCAGCUCGAUUAAUUGAACAAUUAAAUAUUUAAAUAAUUAUCGGAUAAUAUUUACUGAUUAGUGCCUCGAUUUUGCGCAUCAGACUUACAAAGCUCACACACAUCCGGUUAAUUUUAAAUCUCUACGCAUUACACUCAUUACUCACACAUUACACCUCUACAUAAUACAUAAGUAUAAAUAUAUAUGCAGUAACACCUCAUAAACAUGUAUAAAAGUGUAACACAUUAUCGAUUAAGUGAUACGAGCGAGAUUGCCAGUGACAACAAAACUGCGAUAGCUGAACAAACCCACGGACUUAAAUAAUAAAUAAAAUAAAAAAAACUUUAGCAUCGCGAAUCGCGACAGGUCAUAAGUUCGCCGGUGACUCGUUCUGUGGAUGGAAAAACGCGAGGGAAUACAGAGAGACUAAAAAAAAGGUAAAUAAAUAAAUAAAUAAAAUAAAAAGAAGAGAAAUAAAUUUAAAUGAAGAGAUAAAUAAGUGAAAGAAAUCAGUCAUUGUGUCCAUCAGUACUGUUUGUACAAAUAUAUUUUAAAAAAAAUAAAUAAUGUGUACGGGCAGCGAGCAAUCUGUGAUCCGAGCACGUGUGGCUACGCCUACUGUCUUAUCGUUUACGAUAAAAAUUAUUAUUAUUAUUAUUAUUAAUAAUAUUAUUAUUAUGUUAGAUAUAGGAAGAGUUGGGUGAAGUAAUCGUGAGUGAUUAUGGUAUGCCUUUGAAUAAUAUUCAGAAUUGUAGAUCUGAAUAGUGUAAAAUUGUGGGAAUUUGUAAAUUUUUUUUAUUUUUUUCUUUACUUUAUUUAAUUGAUUGAUUAGAUUUUUUAAAAUUGACGUUGUCAGUAAAUUUGUGUAUAAAAGAAAACUAGAAAUUUAUUAUUAUUAUUAUUAUUAUUUAUUAAUUAAUAAGUAAUAAUAAUAACCAAGGCAUUUAACCGCGUACCAUUUAAUACUCACUGGUAAUUAAUUACUGCGUAUCAAUUCUUACGGAUAUAUUUUAUCUUUUUUUUUAUACACGAGAAUUGAUAUUUACGUAUAUAUAUUAAAUGAAUUAUAUAUAAAUAUAAAUUUAAUGAAAAAAAAAAAAUUAUAAAUAUAUAUAAAUAUAUAAAUAUUAUACAUAAAAAAUAACAAAGCGCGGAAGCACAUCCAUGGAAUGUAGUGAGCUAGUUAGAGAGGGAUUAUAAAUGUAUAAAUGAAUAUUAUUAUUAUUAUUAGUAAGAUAAUAAUAAUAAUUAUAAUUAUGAUUAAAAGAAAUAACAAAAAAUUGUAAGGCUGAAUGCCUCUCGUUAAGAGAAUCGAAUAUAAGAAACAAAUAAUAUUUAAUUAGUACGUAAUUAUACGCUAAUGAGUAACGUUUUAGAAAAAUGUGGGUGAUUAAUUAAAUGAAAUUUAUUUUUAUUUAAAUGACGAUUUUAAAAAAUUAAUAUUUGUAUCGGAGUUGCAGUCAGUUAUUAAUUUAGUGCAGCUCACUUGGGCCUACAAGCCCACGUACGUACAGUUACUAUUCAAUCGAGUUUAUAAAUAAAUUUAUUUAUAUUAAUUACUCAGUCAUGACUAAUUUACAAUUUGACUCAAUUUUUUUUUUUGUUUAUCUACAUUUUAUUUUAUACGUUACGAUUUUUUUUUACCGACUUAAAAAUAAAAUAAACGUAUAUCGUUUUUACAAUUAAGUGUAUAGAAAAAAAAGUAAUUAACUAAAAGUUAAUGACAAAUUAAAUAACGUACUUGUAAUAAUAAUUUUCGCGCGGUAUUUUCUCGUAAUUUGCUAUCCGGUCGUCUAUACAUACAAUUAUUAUUAUCAUUAAUUAUUACUAUUGUAAAACAAUUAUUUACUAUUAUUACAAAUACUGUUAAUGAUGUAAUUGAUGACAUAUUUAUUAAUUAAUGACAAAGUGGUUAAAGAGUUUUGUUAUUAAAAACAUACAUAAAUUUUUUUACUUUAAUUUUAAUUAACCGGUAAUUAAAGUACUGAAUUUAUAAAGACUGCAAGCUAAAUUUUCUACUGUCUACAUAAAUGUAAUUAAUAAUUCACUCGCUAAUUAUUACAUAUAAUUUUAGUGAUAAUUAAAAAGUUACAGUUAAUUAAUGAGUAAUUAUAUAAAACAUUUUUACUAGAUCUGUAACUUUUAAAAUUAAACUUUGAAUUUAUUAUUUUUUUUUUUUAUUUAAAAGUUACGAGAAUUUAAUAAGAAUUUUUUUUCAUCAGUUUAUUUAAAAUCUUUGAAAGUUUAGGAGCGCAAUCGCUUUUUUUUUCUUGCGUAUUAAAGUUAUUGAAUUAGUUUACGGUAAAAAAGUUACUUUAUAACCACUUUGUAUUAUUAUUAAAUUAAAAUUCAUUAAGAAAAUAGGUAGCGGUAGUUGAAUAUACGUUAGAAAAAAAAGUGCGGCAUUUUUGUACCAGUUCAUGAUUAAGAAAAAAAGAUUUAAAAAAAAAAAACAAUAAUAAGAAUCAAGAUGUGCCUGAACUCCUUCUUAUUGUCAAAUAAUUAUCGAUGGCACGGCUAAUAGAUACAAAGACAAUGCGUUUGUUUGUCUGCAAGUGUCUAUUGUACAUCGAUUUAAUGGUACAUUUACAACUGUGUUGUAUACAAGUGCUUCAAUUAACCAACUGUACUAUUAUUUAGCUUAAAAAAAAUAAUAAUUACCAAUUUAAAAUUAUUAUUUUAAUUGUAUCGGAUAUUCGUACCAUUGAUUUGAUUCUAUACAAAAAAAUAGUCAUACUUUUUACUCGCGUUAGCAAGAGUUCAUUAUUUUUUCAAUAGCAAUUGAACAAACAAUUGUUAGUAUUUAUUAAAAUCAUUGUUUUUAUAACUUUGUUUGAAAGUCAAUCUUUCGUUUUGUUUUUUUUUUGAAUAAAUUGUUGGUACAGUUGUUUUGUUGAACUAAUAAUUAAUGAUACUGGAGGUAGCAGACAUCAAACAAUUUUGUUAUUUUUAUAAUCGAGUUACUUGUAAGAAAAAUAUAAUUUUUUAGAACACAAAGUUUUGAUCUGCAAUUUUUGAAGUUUUUUCUAUGAGUAUUUUCUUGUUUAUUUGAAAUAAAUAAAUUUGUUGUCUGAUACUUUCAGUAUCACAAUAAUUUAAUUUUACAAAAAUUAUCCAACUGGAAACAAAUAAUAUUGAUCUGACAUAAUUGUUAAUAUAAAUCAACUGAUAAAUAUUUACACUGUAAAAAAUCGGGAGUGAAUUCGGAUUUUAUUUAAAUCCAAACUCCGUGACUAGAAGUUUCGGAGUUAGAAAAAAAAUAAUUCCGUGAACGGAGUAAAUAAAGAGUUUGUUUUUUCAGCGGAGUGAUUUCGGAGUGAUCUAGAUUUUUUUAAAAGUUUAGUAUUAAAAUAAACUCUCUUUGAAAGUGAAUUUCACUUUGAACUGGAGUUUCACAGAGAAAAAAAUAGAGACAAAAAAUGUACGAAUUUUUAUUAUGCUGUCGGCAAAACUUGAAACAGGAAGUUGAGUCGUCAAAAAAUUAUACUACACUAUAAUUAUUACUGAGUUCUAGAAAUUUUUUAUUUUCUACUAUUCCUAAUUUAGACAAAAAAUAUUCACUACAAUUAAAUAAAUUUUUUUUGUCGCGUAAUAAUUUUUUGGCGACUCAACUUCCUGUUUCGUUUCGUCGACAGCACAGUAAAUUCCUUCAUUUCUCAAGCCCAUUUUCUCUAUCAUCAAAAUAAACUCCCCUUCGGAGUAAAUUUUCCUCCAACAGACAUCUGCUCCGCAUUCACUCCGGAUUUAAUCCGCAAUCACCACAAAUUUUUUACAGUACAUAACAAACAAUUGAACAAUAAAAGAUAAUUACACAGUUGAUAAUUGUACACUCUGUUUACGAGCACAGUUUUAAUUGUACUGAUCUAAUAGCUACUUAUCAAAUGAUAAAAAAAUGUAAAACAGCUAAAUGUGAUUACACUUAUUCAGUAUGCAAUAGCAUGGCCAUGUCUAAGUUUAAAUACUCAGUAUACAUAUAUACAAUUACAUAUACAUUUAAAAUAUAUAUAUAUAAAACGAACAAACAAACAAACAAACAAACAAAAACUAUACUAAGUACAUAUAUAUUUUUUUUCUUCAUAACUAUGAGUGACUGACUGGAAAUUAUUUUUUUUACUUUUAUUUACAACUUUUUUUUAUUAAUUAUAAUUAUUUUUUUAUAAUCAUAACUCUCAUAAUUAUUUUUUCUUUUUAUACAAAAGCAAAUUGCGUGAGAAUGAAUCGCCUGGACUGCGCCUAAAGUAAUGAACAAAAUAUAUAUAAAAAAAAAUGAAAUUAAAAUAAUGAAUAAUGAACUUUAAAUAAAAUAAAAAAAAAAAUAAAAUAAAUUGAGCACUGCCAAGGCUCCUCGGCGCUCUUCUACGCACAUGAAAAAAUUUUUAAAUAAAUUAUUACAUUUAAAUUUAAAAUAAAUUUUAAAAUCGACUAUUGAAAUCGUUAUCGUCCGAAUGAUAUUAUUAAAUAAAAAUAAUUAAUUAAAAUUAAAUUUUACGUAUACAAGAAAAUUGAAAAGAUUUUUUUUUAAUUACUCAACACUUGUACUUAAAUACACAGUUUGUUAAAUUCAUCCACAAAGUACUGAAUUAUAAACUGCUAAUUAAAUUUAAUGAUGAAUAAGUCUAUAUAAUUAAUAAACUAAAUAUAAAUAUAUAUAUAUAAAAAAAAAUUAUUAUUUUUAUUUAAAGUUUCUUGUAUACGUAACAUUUUUUUAAAAUACUGUAUUUAUUUGCAUUUAAGGAGUAAACUCCAUGACCGAGGGUACGUCAAUCUGUGCAUUGUAAUUUAAGUUUAAAUUAUUAAUUACUAUGGAUUAUUAAUUUUUUGUAUAGUUAGUGUCAUUAAUUAUUAAAUAUUAUUAUUAUAAUUACUACGUAUUAUUUACAGACACGUAAAUAUUUUAACGUGUAACCCGAUGGGUAAAACGUCUUCCUAAUUAAAUCAUUAACAAGUGCUUACGAUUAAUUGCACACGUGUCUUUAAAAAAUAAAAUAAGUUAUUGUUAAUUUAAUUAUUUCGAUGCUUUAAAUUGUUUAUGUAAAAAUAUAAAUACGAUUUAUUUUUUAAUAUUUAAAAUUUGAAUAAUUCAAUUUGUAAAAUUAUUAUGGACGUAUUUUAAAUACAUUAAUUUGUAAUUGGCAAUUAAUUUGUCCCGUGUAAAAAAAAAGUUACAAAAUUUGAGGCGAUGAGGAAUUUUUUUAUGAGUGUGAAUGUCGCAGACAUCAGAUGAAUUUAAAAUUAUUAAUUAAUAGAGUAAAUAAUUAAUAAAAUUAAAUUUUUAAAAAAUGCGCAUUUAAAAAAUUUCAAAAUUAAUAAGUGCGUUUUUCAUAAAUUUUUUUUUUUUAAUUAUUUAUAAUUUUAAAUUUGUCUGAUGUCUGUUACAUUCACACUCAUAUUUUUUUCACGUAUUUUCCAAGUGGGAAAUUUUUUUUUCCAAAGAAACUCUGAAAAUUAAGUCAAAAAAGAGGUCAAACCUUACGAUUGAAAAUAAAUAAAUAAAAAAAAAAUUGCACAAGAGUAAAAGAAAUAUUCAAAAUUUACUUUCUAUGAAAAAAAUUAAAAAUAAACUUAAGGAAAAAUUUCAUAAAUAUUUUAUACACAAAAAAAAAAAACAGAUUUGAACCUUUUGAAAAUGGAGUUAAAAAUUUCCUUACAUGUCAAAAUUAAAAAAAAAACUUUUUACUCAGUCGUUAAUUUUUUUUGUACGAUUUUUUUUACAUGGGUUAAAAAUUAUGAAUAUGCAAUUGGACUUAAAUUGUUUAAAAAAUAAAAAUAAAUAUUAUUUAUUAUUUUAUAAUUGAACUGAAGGAAUCUCGAAAGGUUGAAUGUCGAAUGUUUAAACAGAUUGACGUACACUUAAAAAAACUGUACGUUAAAUGUGCACACAUGAGUAUUUAAUGAAUAAAUAAUUUUUUUGUUACGCUAUUAAUUAAACAUAGUAAAUUAUAAGUACAUAAAAGAAAAAAAAAUAUUGAAUAAUAAUAAAUAAAUUUUUGUAUAAUAGCUGUGAUGUAAAAGACGCUAAUUGUAUUAAUUGAAUUGAAAAAAAAGAAACUAAUGAAUAAUAAUAACAAGUACUAAAAUAAAUGAAAUAAAAUUGUCAAUUGUCCAUGUAUGUAUAAGUUUGUCAUGUACUUGAAGACUAUAAAAAAAGUAAUUAAUAAUAAUAAUUAUAUUAAUAUUAAUAUUAAUAAUAAUAAUGAUAACUAUAAUAAUAAUAAUGCAAAUACAGUUGUAAAGUUGCUGAUUUCAUUUAAAAUAUUUAAAAAUACUCGUGUGUGCUCAUACUCAUUGUAUUCUAUAUGAAAAAAAAAAUAUCCAUGUAAAUAAUAUCCGAUUCCCUCUCAGCACUAUAGAUUGUAA